GGUAUAUGGAAUCCCGCUCACGAACCAGUUGUGAUAUUAAAUGUGAACCAUGCACAGGCGACCGCUACACAAAAGUCUACAACGUGGACAUGAGCUGCAACGUUUGUGACACUUGCAACAAACCCAACUUUGAGACCAAGACCAACUGCACGUCCACCAGUAACACUGUUUGCAGAUGUAAAACUGGCUUUAAAUGCAAAGACAAGUCCUGCUCAAAGUGUGUGCCAAUCCCAACCCCAACCCCCAUCAGGACCACCCUACCUCCAGCCACUACAGCCAUCUCCAGAGCUCCUGUUAAACCAAACAAAGAAACAGUGUGGUUCCUGGUGAUCAUUGCUCUUCUGUGCGCAGCAAUCGGUGUGGUUGUUCUGACAAAACUUAAGAGAGUGCUGCACUGCAUCAUGUCUAAUCACGGUUACUUUAUGGCAGAGAAAACUUCUACAGAAACUUCGUCCACAGAGGAUGAAGAUGUGUCCAAACCCGUCCAGGAGGUGUGUGGGAAAUGUGACCAGCCCAUUGACGUGUGAAAGAUUAGAUCCUGAAACUGGAUGAGUAAAAUAACUUGACAGUAGAAUAUUCAGUGGAAAUUAGACGGAUGCAAGCACAUCUGUUCUAAAAACACGAACAUUUACAACACGCUUCUUUCUACAAGAGUGAAACGUCUUCAACUACAGAAACAAAAUUCUGUUGUUUUGUGGGGGUUUUAAUUUGCUUUUGGAUUUACCAAGUCCUGGACGGUUGAGAAUCGACACCAGCAUAUUUAUGACACAACAGCAGCAGCGCUCUAGUCUGUUUUGACUGGAAACCAAGGACAACAAACGGGACAGCGCAUGGGUCAAGAUGGAUGCUUUUUUUUGGGGGGGGGGAUUUGACAAGAAGAUGAAAAAGUGAAAACCCAGAAAUUUAGAAUGUGGAGGAUUUAUAACCUCUGAAUGCACAGUGGGAACAUAUAAUAGUUAUGCAUGAUCUUUGCAGUAUGUUGUUAAACAGGGUAUGUACUAUAGUACACAAUAUACACAGUAAAUAUGCACACCUGCCUUUUUAUAAUACUAGUUAAAAGAAUUCUCAUGUAAAAAUGACUGUGUCCAAACGUUAAACCUCUUAAGUAUGUAUAUUAAAC